AUGAAAUCUCCCCCAGUAUCACAUAACGCUCUUAGCAGUGACAAUUCUGCCGCACCAGAAAUGUCACAGCAGGAGGAGCCUGUCCGCGAACAGACUGCCAUUACCGAUUUCGACACCAUCCGACGCAGCUUCAGUUUCUGGGCCAUCAUCGUCGGCCUCGGCGUCAUGCUAUUGCUCGCUGCCCUAGAGAAUUCAGUCUUGGUGACGUCGGCACCCAGCAUUCUGGCGGAAAUUCCACUGGGAGAUGACUGGAUCUGGCUCACCAACGCCUUCUUUCUCGCUAGCGCUGCUUUUCAACCUCUGCUUGGCCAGCUUACAAAUCUUUACGGUCGUCGAUGGACGACAAUUGGCGUGAUUGUCAUCUUCAUUGUCGGCAGCACCAUCUGUGGAGUAGCAACAAACACCGCCAUGCUUCUUGCAGGUCGUGCCGUGCAGGGCAUUGGCUCUGGCGGAAUCCUCAUGGCCUACGAUACAAUUGUCUCUGACUUGGUCCCCUUGCGCUAUCGUGGAAACUAUAUCGCGGUAAUUUUACUCAUCUACAGCAUCGGUUUAACUCUCGGACCUCUUGUUGGCGGAGUCAUCGUGGAUAAGACUACAUGGCGUUGGGUGUUCUACAUCAACCUACCCGUUGGAGCCGUGUCCCUCGCCGUCAUGUAUUUUUACCUGCAUCUGAACUACCGCAGCGAAGGGGCUGCAAAGAGCCGACUGAUGCGCAUCGAUAUGAUAGGGAAUCUCAUCCUAAUAGGCAGCUCCGUGUCUAUGUUGAUUGCCUUGACCUAUGCCGGCACCCGCCAUCCUUGGUCGUCCUGGAACACGCUGGUUCCAUUACUUGUUGGCUUUGCAGGAUUUCUUCUCUUCGGCGCCUUUGAAAAUAGUCGCUUCGCACCUCUCGAGCCCGUGAUGCCCCCUCGGUUAUUCAACAAUAGGACCUCCGUCAUCAUCGCCAUAAACACUUUCCUUUUCACCGCUGUCUUGUACUGGACCCUGUUCUUUCUCCCCGUCUAUUUCCAAACAGUGGCUCUUACCUCUCCGACACGAGCGGGCGUCAACCUCAUUCCCGUGUCCCUACUCGGCGUGCCUGCGGCUGCUGCGGCUGCUGCCGCCGUAACUCGAUGGGGAAAGUCCAAGCUCAUCCACAUCAUCGGCCUUGCGCUCUUCACACUCGGCCAAGGUCUCUUUUCACGCCUAGAUGAAGAUUCCACCACGGCAGAGUUCGUCGGGUACAUAUUCGUAGGCCCCAUCGGAGGCGGCAUCCUUCUGAACACGCAGCUCCCCGCCUUCCAGGCCCCCGCCUCAGAAGCCGACCAGGCUGCCGCGACCGCGAGCUGGAACUUCAUCCGGACUCUCGGCGGAGUUUGGGGCGUCGCAAUCCCGGCCGCCAUCUUUGCUAACCGCGUCGAUGGGCUCAUCCACGGCGGCGGGGCCAUCUCCAACCCCCUGGCUGCCGAAGCGCUCGUAGGCGGUGGAGCGUACGAAUUUGCGUCUGCGCAGUUCGUGGAGAGUUUUCCCGCGACUGACCAGGUGGAAAUUCGGGCCGUGUACCGCCUCGCGUACCAACGCGUUCAACUAGUUUCCCUUGCUUUCGUCGGAUUCGCGCUUCUCUUGUGUCUCUUUGAGAGGGAUGUCGUGUUAAGGACGGAGCUGGUGACUGACUACGGACUGAAAGAGAAAAAGAGCACGCGGGCGGCGGACCCAGAAGAAGGGCCAGCGGAAGGAGAGGUCUCGGAUAGACACCGCUCGGAUUGA